AUGUCUGGUCCCUCAUCGCUUUGGUUGGUCUUAAUCGUACUGCUUGGCAUCAAAGUUGCUUCCCUUCCUAAUGACGGAAUUACCUACAACAAGGAUCACCUCAAGGACACGACUUGUGAAAAGGACAAUCCAGGUAAGACCUGUGUGGAAUUGGACCUGGACGACUUCGAAACGUACUUUGUCAGCCUGUUCGCGUCGCAUAGCCACAGAUGGAUUUUGGUCUCAACGUUCAGUAAGUGAAAGAUGCCAGUUUAAGCUUUGCUUAUCACUUUGUGUACCGUUUUCUAAAGGAUUGGGUUUCAGGUGUGAACGGAAGCGCUGAGGAAUUUUUCGCAGAAGAUACCGCCGACAAAAGUAGGUUAAAAUUUACUGCUUGGUUGGGGUAGCAUCCACCCGUUGUCUAGUUAGGAUUACUAAAAUUUUGAGCAAAGGAAGAAAGGGAAUUUAUUUUAAUUGUUUUUCAAAUUUACUUUUUUUCAGCCAAUAUAGAGAGCUAUUAUAAAGGAGUUUACCUACCGAUCCAUGAAAACAGACCCUAUUUUUAUCACAUGGAAUAUGCACCCGACGGAAGUUACGAAGAAUCUUCAGUAUAUACGUUUGACGGUUCUCGAACGUGGAGCUACAAAAUAAAUGUAAGUUUUGGGCCUGUGCUUUUUUUUAAACAUGGCACUGGAACGAACUUUUCUGUACCAAAUCCCCCUCCCCCCCCGAGCGAUUUGUUAUACAGGCGCUCUACUGUAUUUGCUUUGAGAAAAGGUUACGAACAAAAACGUUUUUUUGGUUUAGAUUGAAUAUGUUUAAGGGUCCAGGAAGAUUACCGGGCGCUUGGUACGAAGGCCCUGUGUUCACAUACAAAGGCUACAUAUUUAUUGGUCGAUAUAUUUGGAUCAAAAAAAUCGAAGGUUUUUACAAACCUAAUAGUGUCAGUCUUAUCUUUUUGUAUGUUUUUAAAACUCAAUUUUUGUUUUUUAAGAAACGAAAGACUGUAACUACGUUGAAUUUGACCUUUUCAUGUAACUAUAAUAUUUACAGACGGGAUGCUGCUCCUGA